UAGAAGGCGGGACUUCCGCCAAGGGCCGCUGUUUCUGUUCUGUGCUUGGCUGAAAUAUGUGACUGUCAGUUUAACGUUUCUGAAGAGGGAAGAGCGAAUUUUUCAAAUUCAUAAGAGGCACUGUGUGGGAUUUCAACAACAAUGCAGAGACCGGGCAAAGGUAAAACUCCUCGGAGGAACUUCCCCAGGAAGGCCUCUAACACAGACAAGGACCCAGUUGGAGUAUACUGCCGUAUACGACCACUUGGAGCAGAAAAUGAGGAAUGUUGUGUUGAGAUGAUCAGCAGCUCCACCAUCCAGCUCCACCCCCCAGAUGGUCUCAAAGCCAACCGCAAUGGAGAAUUCAAAGAAACACAGUACUCAUUCAAAAAGGUGUUUGGUAUUAAAACAACACAAAUGGAGUUGUUUGAAGAGGUUGCCAAGCCACUGAUAGACGACCUUAUCCACUCCAAGAAUGGACUUCUCUUCACUUAUGGGGUCACUGGCAGCGGUAAGACCUUCACUAUGACUGGCUCACCUGGAGAAGGGGGACUCCUCCCCCGGUCUUUGGACAUGGUCUUUAACAGCAUCGGUCCCUUUCAGGCCAAAAGAUUUGUGUUCAAGCCAGAUGAGAAAAAUGGGAUGGAAAUACAGAAUCAAGUUGACGCCCUGCUGGACAGACAGAAGCGGGACAGCCAGCCAAUUGUGCCAAAGACGCCCUCCUCUCGACAGAGGGCUGACCCAGAGUUUGGAGACAUGAUCAGCUCGGAGGAGGCGUGUAAAUGUGACAACGUGGACGAGGAUUGUUGUUUCAGUGUCUUCGUUUCCUACAUCGAGAUCUACAACAACUACAUCUACGAUCUCUUGGAAGAUGCUCCCUACGACCCAAUCAGACCAAGGUGGCUCAGCGGAGGUACACCUGUACAGAACAAUCAGUUCACACCACCUCAGUCCAAAAUUCUCCGCGAGGAUCAGAACCACAACAUGUAUGUGGCUGGCUGCACCGAAGUGGAGGUGAAGUCCACAGAAGAGGCUUUUGAAGUCUUUUGGAAGGGGCAAAAGAAAAGGAGAAUAGCUAACACUCAACUCAACCGUGAAUCCAGUCGCUCACACAGUGUGUUCGUCAUCAAGUUGGCUCAGGCCCCACUGGACGCUGACGGGGACCACAUCCUACAGGACAAAAGUCAGGUGAAUGUCAGUCAGCUGUGUCUGGUGGACCUGGCCGGCAGUGAACGCACCAGCAGAACCAAAGCUGAAGGAAGUCGCCUCCGUGAAGCAGGUAAUAUAAACCAGUCCUUAAUGACACUACGUACAUGUAUGGAAGUCCUGCGUGAAAACCAAAUGUAUGGAACUAACAAGAUGGUUCCGUACAGAGACUCUAAAAUCACUCACCUUUUUAAAAACUACUUUGAUGGUGAGGGGAAAGUCCGAAUGAUAGUCUGUGUCAAUCCAAAGGCAGAUGAUUAUGAAGAAACUAUGCUGGUGAUGCGUUUCGCAGAGAUGACCCAGGAGGUGGAGGUGGCACGGCCCGUGGACCGGCCAAUCUGCUUCCUCGCCGCAGGUCGUCGGCACAGAAACCAAGCCUUCAAAGAUGAGCUGUCACGAAGACUGGAGGAGCGCGGCGGUCCUAUCUCUGACGAUCCAGUUCUGCUGAAUCAGCUCGUGGAAAGUCUUCCACAGCUGCCUCCGUGUGAGCUGGUGGAUCCAUCUGAUGAUCAGACGCUGUCUCGGCUGAUUGAAGUGCUGGAAAAGAGGCACUGUGCACGUCAGUUGAUAACAGAGCAGUUCAACAAGACUGCUAAUAAACUGAAGUCUAUGCUGCAGCAGUUUGACGGUCAGCUCGGUGCCAGGGAGACUUUCCUGCACGAUCAGCAAAGCAAACUGAGUGAGAAAGAAAAAGUCAUCAUUGGCCAGAAGACGGAAAUUGAACGACUGGAGAAAAAGUCCAAGAUGCUGGAGUACAAGAUCGACGUCUUGCAGAAGACCACGGACAUGUAUGAGCACGACAAACGCUCACUCCAGCAGGAGCUGGAGACCCGAGAGCAGCGGCUGCAGCGUGAGCUUUCUGAGAGGAGGCGCAUGGAGCAGCGCAUGCAGUGCAUGGUGACGGACGCCAAACUCAAGUGGGAGAAAGAAUGUGAAAGGCAAGUGAACGCCAAGCAGCUGGAGAUGCAGAACAAGUUGUGGGUGAAGGAUGAAAAGUUAAAGCAGCUCAAGGCCAUCGUAAUAGAAAGCAGCAGUAGCAGCGGUGCUGCUGGUGGUGGUGGGGGCGGGGGAGGUGUGCCUCAACGUUCAGAGGCCCCAGAAAGACCCCCAAGGGAGAGAGACCGCAGCAUGGCCCAGAAGAGAACUCCAUCCCCGCUCUCUGACUGGACUGUGUCCCACCAAAAUCCAGCCAGUGUUAGGGCAGGUCAGGAUCCCAACUCUUCCUCCUCAGUGUACCGCUCAGUGGCCUCCUCUAUAUCACAGUGGGAGCAGAGGUUUCCCGUAGACACAGACAGCCAGGGCAAAUACCCCAGCACUCCACAGUACGGGAGCAAAACUCCUGGCCCGUACCACGGCACCAGCAGCGUGGGUCGCAGGAGGGCCAAGCUCUGGGCCCCAGACACUGAGGCUCCGACUCUGGUCAAUGGGCUGGACCUAGAGGCAGGCACCAGGACUGCUCUUCCAGUUCAUCCCAUGCACAGGCGUUCACACUCUGCGGGUGGGGAGAAGUGGGUAGACCACAAACCAACCUCUAAUUUGGAGUUAGACACUGUCAUGCAGCCAAUCAUACCCAAUGCAGUCAAGGUGUCGACCCCUAACGAGAAAGCUCUGUCCAAGUGCAACAUGUAUGUGCUUAGACACCAGGAGCUAGCCUCUGACGGGGAGAUCGAGACCAAACUGUUCAAGGGAAAUGUCUUCAAGACCAGGGCUGGAGGACAGGCCGUGCACUUUACUGACGUUGAAACACUGAGACAGGAGUGUCCAACGGCAUCGAGUCGUAAACGGCGUUCAGGGUCUGCAGAAAGACCAGUCCAGACGGACGACAUCGAAAACAGACCCCCACUAAUGAGCACCAGUUACAGCAACCAAAAGCGCAGAAAGCCGUGAUUUCCUGGACAAACGAAGGAUCUUUUUUCCUCUUUUUAAAAGUUUGUAUUUACUGCUCGAACCUCCGACUGAAUCUAUGCAGCUUUUUCCUCUGUAUAUUUAUCAUUUUUGAGAGUGAGCAGUUUAGUAUUCUGUCCUCAGUUUGUGAUACUCGACCUUUAAAUGCUGGAUGUAAUGCAGUUUUUUUUUAAAGAUAUGGAUGAUGUGAAAAUAUUGUGAUACUUUUAAAUAUUGAUCAUUUAACGUGGUCAGCUUCAGUGACCUCAGCCCAAAGAUGAGAAUUUUUUUUUUAAAUUACUUUGCUUUAUUUAGUGGGUGUAACAGAACAUAAGAACUGGUUACGACCGGUAGUGAAUAUAACACUUUAGAUGAAGCUCUAAAUAAAAAGUAAAAAAGUAGGGUUUUUUUUUUUUUUGUAAAUUUGUGACCUUAGUCUUUUGUUAUUGCCACAUUUUUUUGUUUUUUUCUUUUAUUUGUGUUCGUUAUAUUUGCCACAUUUGUAUGUACUACUCUUUUUUUUUUUUUGGUGGCAGUAAAUAAAUCCCAACCAUUUAUCUGAAGUCAUGAGGACGUUAAUGUACAGUGUAAUUUAAAGAUCAGGAGUGGUUUAAAAAAAAAGGUGCUGACAAUAAAAACAAUCCAAUCAUAA